UUCCAUCAUCAAAUUCAUGUCUAAAUUCGACCAAUUUUUGUCAAAUUAGAUACAGUGGAUAUAUUAUAAUCUUGUACUUCAAGUUUCCAUUGCAUAGAUAUUAGAUUAUUAGAUAACUUCCAGCAGACGUACACAUCCAAAUACUGUACGUCAUAAUAUAAUUUAUAAAAAAUAUAUGUAUAUACUUAUUGUAAGUACCUAUAUCAUAUUUUUCAAAAUAAAUUGAAUAUUAUUCGAGGUUUUCCUUAAAAUAAACGAAGUUGUUGAACUUAUUUGGCUAAUUUCUGAUUUUUGACUUCAAAGAAACGAUAAUGACAACGUCUCUACAGUUUGAUUCAAAUACUAUGAGAGUUAUUUUGGCUGAGAUUCUGGAAUCUCUUACAACCUGUGAAAAUGCRUUGAAUUUAGAAGAUGCUAAAAGUAAGGCUGGUAAUGAUAUGCUUAAAGUUAUGCAGUAUGUUUAUCCAAUAGUUGUCAGCACUCAGAUGGAUGUAAUAAAAAAAUAUGGACUUCCUGAAGGACGUGAAGGAAUAAUAAAGUUUACCAGAAGUGUAGUUGCACUUGAAAAAGAUGAUAGAGUAGUAGCUGAUCUUCACCGCCAGAUACGAUCAUUUUAUUUACCACCAGUCAAUGUUUCAAGUGCUGUGACUUCGCAUGUGUAGAAUAAUUAUUUAUUUAAAAAAAAAACUCUUUGCGAAUGUUAAAAUAUUUGAAAACUUUUAAUAACUUAAUUUUUCUCUUUUAUUAAUAACUUAAAUUUAUGAUUAAAUUGUUAUAUAAUUUUUYACUAGGUUUACAUUUCUAAAUUAAGUAUUAGAAUUUACUAAUAAAAGAAUAAAUAUUAUAACCAUUAAAAUGUAUUACACAACUAGUUGUAUUAU